AUGGAUGAAGGAAAAUUUCAACUAAUUAAUCAAAUGCAAAAGCUCACCUUCACUCGUGAGACCACUGUCACUCCGUGUCUCGAUUUUUCUGGAUCAGUUAAUGGGUUUGCUUUUAUUGACUUCAAUCACAUUAUCGCCGACACGGUUCCAGAAAAUAUUUCAUUGGAUGUUAUCGGUUUGGUGGUCGCAAUUGGUGAAAUUGAUGCUCGAAAUGAAGAUAGAAAUAGGCAUAAGAUGAGACUACAGAUCCAAGAUGUCAAUGGUUCUCAAUUAGAUGUUAACCUAUGGGGAGAUUAUUGUUACACAUUCUCGGAUUACAUUCAACAGAAUCAAAACAUUCACCGCAUCGUCAUAAUCCUUCAAUUUGAAAAGAUUUGUGUUUGGCAAGAUCGCCGAUAUGUUAAUACAUAUUAUGAUGUAUCAAAGUUCAUCAUCAAUACUGACAUUGAUGAGAUAAAAGUUUUCAAAAAAAGUCCCCAUGAAAACUCAUCCAGUACUUUCUCGUAUAUGAAAUCUAAUCUAAGUUCUGAAAAGGAUGAUUUUGUGCUUAAUCAUGAGCUGAAAACAAUCGCUGGUAUUUUCGAACCGAUUGAGGGUAACAAGAUCCAAGGUUAUGUCCCCAAUGCUUACAUUUACAAGUUCAGAAAAGUUCUUAAAGAAGGGGAAGCUUUUUUCAUCAAAAAUCCAAAUUUGGCAAAGAUGGAUGAAGGAAAAUUUCAACUAAUUGAUCAAAUGCAAAAGCUCACAUUCACUCGUGAGACUACUGUCACUCCGUUUCUCGAUUUUUCUGGAUCAGUUAAUGAGUUUGCUUUUAUUGACUUCAAUCACAUUAUCACCGGCACGGUUCUAGAAAAUAUUUUAUUGGAUGUUAUCGGUUUGGUGGUCGCAAUUGGUGAAAUUGAUGCUCGAAAUGAAGAUAGAAAGAUGCAUAAGAUGAGACUACAGAUCCAGGAUGUCAAUGGUUCUCAAUUGGAUGUUAACCUAUGGGGAGAUUCUUGUUACAUAUUCUCGGAUUACAUUCAACAGAAUCCAAACAUUCACCGCAUCGUCAAAUCCUUCAAUUUGAAAAGAUUUGUGUUUGGCAAGAUCGCCGAUAUGUUAAUACAUAUUAUGAUGUAUCAAAGUUCAUCAUCAAUACUGACAUUGAUGAGAUAA